AGGGCAGCCAUCAGGUGCUCUUCUCCCUGCUAGAUCAGCCUUCGUUUUGGGCGCCAUGUCGCAACAGGAUUUCAUGGGCCGCGUGAUCGGCGCCGCGUCUCAGGGCGCGGUGGGGGCAGUGGUGGCGGCUUCGCUGAGUGCGGUGACAGAGCCGUUGGUGAACAACAUGUUGGUGAACCGCGCCACCCUGCGGCAGGCAGUGAAAGAGCUGGACCCCAACAAGAUCAGGAGCUACCUGAACACGACCUUGGCCACGAACUUCAUCAAGUUCCCCUUCUUUGAGGCGACCAACAUCAUCAUGCAAGGCAUCGACUUGCCUCCGACUCUCAGAGGGGCUGCCCUUGGAUCCGUCUUCUGCACCAUCACCCUGCCCAUCACGAACUACAGAUUCAGAAAGUCCAUGAACCUGCCGGUGACGCCUGGGAAUCUGUACCAGGCCUACCCGCCCACAGUGCUGCGGGACAUCAUCUAUGGCAUCGCGCGGAACAAGGUGUCUGCCCUGCUUAUUGCCAUCAACCCCACCUUUGCGAACUCCAUGCUUGGCCGAGUGGUGAACAUGUUCACCACCGUGGUAGCGGCUUGCGUCCUGUCCGCGCCCGGCAAUGAGCUGCGGGGCUAUUGCCUGCAACCGGCAGACCGAAGACAGUCCUUUGGGGACUUCUUCCAGCCCGCGAAGUUCAUCCGCAGCACAUCCGUGGGUGCGAUCAUCAUGGGGAUUAGCUUGGCGAUCGGCACGCUUGCGACACCGCAGGUGGAGAAGCUGGUUGGCGUGUUGAAAGAGUACCUGGCGAAGAACCCGGUGAGCUACGUCCUCGUCGUGCUCUUUGUCCUGCAGCAGAUCUUGCAGAUGCGCCGCCAGAGCGAGCUGGUCGACGCAGUUCGCAGCCAGGGUGGCAGACUGGCCAUUGCGCCAGAUGCAAAGGCAAAGUGCUAGGUGCUUGAGGCAAGUCUGGGACUUGCCAGAAUGUGUACUUGUAUAGGUUUCUGACAUCUUGAUGGCUUCGAAAGAUUCUGGCCAUCUUGGCUGCAUCCUAUGGGAGUGCACCUGUUGCUUUUGGGUCGAUCUCGGAGUUUGGACAGCAGUGGCUCGUAGCGGACCACUGCACCGCUGCUGAUACGGCUGCCGGGACGGCGUUCUGGAACAAACUCCCAGCGCGCGG